AUGCGACUGAUAACAUCAGUAGGAGUGAUCAUUCUGUUGGUUGGAUCUUGCAUGGCCAAUCAAGACUUUCUGAUAAACUCUUUAAACGAGUGUAUAAAAACAGAGUCCUGGACGUCUUGUUUGAAGCAUCAAGUUUUAACUUAUCUCGAUAACAAAUUAGGAACCACCACGGAAGCAAGAUCACUCGAAACAGUUGACGAGGCAAUCGUCGCCAGGACCUUCAAGUAUCUGAAGAGUUUCGAUUACGGAAUUGAUUUACCUUUCGUCGAUGCUAACUUGAAGUACAGACCUAGCAGGAGCUUGGCUGAUCUUGACAUUGAAUUCAAGGAUAAUGAUGUAGCUACCAGUCAAGCUCGAGGACUUUUGAAGAAAAAACUCUUGUUACCGUUCUUAUUGCUGUUGAAAUUGAAGUUAAAGGCUUUAAUGCCCAUCUUUGUCGCUAUUAUUGGAUUAAAAGCGCUAAAGGCUCUUGUCCUGUCGAAGCUUGCCAUACUUAUCGUGGUCGGAUUUGUUGCUAUGCAGUUUUUUAAGAAAGGCGGCAUGAUGAUGCCGAUGGGAAUGUCCAUGGAACCGACAUCGGCAUAUGGUGCUCCACCUUCGCUCUCAACGACGUCGAGUUAUGAUCCAGCCAAUACGUGGGACGGCAACGGUCCUUAUUCCCGCGUUUGGAUGCCGACCAAUGGUGUGGAAAGCCAAAAUCUUGCUUACAGCUAUUAUUCGCCCGGCAGUAGCUCCAGCUCGUACAGCUCAGUAGGAUCGUCUUCGUCGUCCUCAUCUUCAAGCAGCUCAACGAACUACAACUGAACUCGUUCUAAUGUCCCACUAACGACGUAUCGAUCGAUUGCCCGAUGUUGCCCUCGUGAACGCAUUCCCGAUCGUACGUCAGCAAAUAAGAUACGACCAAAGAAACGCACGCCAAAUAAUCAAGUAGUUCGCAAACGAUCGAUGCUGACGCAACGUCAGUUUUGUUAACGAGAGAGCGUCACAUUCAAAGACUGUCGGCUCCGCGCCGGCUAUAAUUGUAGAAUCGUUUUGUCGGUUCAACAAAGCUCACAUCGAGAAAUUAGUUGUGCUAAUGGAAUUUUUUAUUACGUUUAAGAAUCCAUAUUCGUAAUCCUGAUACUGUUAUGUCUAAUAGUCAGAAUACGACAAAAUACAAUUAAAUUUAAUUUUUCUUAGAGAAUUAUAUUCAAAAUAUAUCGACAAAGCUAUUCGCCACUUUUCUUUGAGUGUACAUGUACGCGCCAAUGGAUAAUUACCAAUAAUCAUCUUUGUAUUAUGCAGAGAAUCUUGACAAUGCAAUUAUCAUGAUAUGAUACAGAUAUGUUGCUGAAUAUAUUUGUGAAAUGGUACAAGAUUAUUUUUUCGAUGGCCAUUGACUUUUUUUAUUUAUGUCUUGUAUGACAUAAUUAUUUAUUAUUAUCUUCGCAAUUGUUAAUAAAAGCAUUUCUUAUAAAAUAGAUUGAUUCAUUUCUCUAUCUAGACGAUGAUCAAGAAGGUUAAAAUUUAUUUAUGACUAUGCAUUUUUUAUUUUACCUUUUACUAUUUUCUCCCUAACUACACUUUUAAUUAUUUAUUCAUUAUUUUGUACAUUAUAUAUUUUAAUUUAAAUUUAGGUUUUCUACAUUUAAUAUUGAUUAUUGGCAUCUUUUGGAUUAAAUAAUGUUGUAAAAAUAUUUUCGAGAAUACACGCGCGCGCGCAAAAGUCUGGAUCCAUCCAAUAGAUGAACCCUAUGGAUAUUUUUUUAUUACGAGUUAUGUUGAGUGUUUACCAAAGGUACCAUAGGAUUACUUGAAGAAAUUGGUCACGUGUAUUAAUAUAACCAUAAACGUCUUGUAUAAUCGUUGAUUAAAAUAUUAUUAA